AUGGGUCAUUGGAUGAUGCCUUCUGGUGGAAAUAUCAAUCAGAAUAAUCCAAAUAUGAUGCAGUAUAAUAAUCCACAUUCUAUGCAGCAUCAUCCAUAUCAUUCAGCCCUUAAUAAUAGACCUAUGCGACCAAGUUAUAAUCUGAAUGGAACUGUCGGGCAUAAUCCAUAUAAUACUGAAUGUCUUCAAUCAAUCAAAGCUGAUGUUGUUUUUCUUUUAGAUGGAACUCAAUUAAUUGAUAAAUUUUCAUUUGAUUAUUAUGUGAAAGAUUAUUUGAAUGAUUUUGCUAAAAAGUUAUCGAUCAAAAGUGAUGGAGUAUUAAUUUCGGUCAUUUUAUUUACGGAUCAACUAUAUUUUGCAGUUAAACCAGAACAUUCUAUAAAUUUGCCUAGUUUAUUAAUAGCAAUAAAUAAUAUGAAACAACCUGAUAAAAAUUUAAUGAAAUCAGAUAUCAUCUAUGCAAUUUUAAACAUUUUAAAUUUUGGAUUUAUUCCAAUACAUAAUGUAGAUACACAAAAUAUUACACGAAUGCUUAUUCUACUUACAAAUGGAAAUAUUCCAGAGAAAAUACAACAUAAAACUAAUCAGAUUCUUAUUAAAUCAGAUGAAAUUAUACAUAAAUUACAUAAACGUGUAGAUUAUGUGUUUAGUAUAGGAAUACCAGGUGCUAAUCAACUAGGUGUACGUAGAUUAGCUAAACCUUCACAUUAUACUUUUACACUAACUGAAUUUAAUGGUUAUAAAGAGUUAGAUUUAAAAAAUUUCGAUCCUACUGAAGUAAUUUGCCCGUGA